CUAUCCCUCCCUCUGCCUCCCGCUCCUUCCCUCCGCCCCACCUCUCCCUCGGCGGCUCGAUCGUCAGUGUUGACAUCGACACCAACAGAGCAACACUACGCUUGUGCUGUGUUCUUCUACAGUGAAGGUGCUUGGUAUUUCCUCCCGGCUACUAUGGCAGAUACUAAUAUUGUGAUUUUAUCUGCGGUGCGGACUCCCAUUGGGAAAUUUUGUGGUGGCUUAGGAGAUAUGAAGGCUUCAGACCUUGGAAGUAUAGUCAUAAAGGAAGCAUUGGACAGGGCAAACAUUCCACCAAAAGAUGUAUCAGAAGUAAUUUUAGGACAGGUCCUAACAGCAGGACAAGGACAGAAUCCAGCAAGACAAGCUGCUGUAGGAGCAGAUCUGCCUUAUGAAGUACCAGCAUCUCUAGUAAAUAUGCUUUGUGGUUCAGGAUUGAAAUCUGUUGCUUUAGGGUAUCAGGCCAUAAAACUAGGUGAAGCAGAUGUGGUUGUUUGUGGUGGUCAGGAGAGUAUGACCCAGGCCCAUCAUGCUGUGAAACUGCGUCAGAAAACUAUGGGGAAUAUUGAUAUGGUCGAUACUAUGCUGGUUGAUGGGCUUGUUGAUGCCUUCCACAACUAUCAUAUGGGAAUCACUGCGGAGAAUGUAGCAAAGCGUUGGAAUGUUUCAAGAGAUGAACAAGACAGAUUUGCUGUUUUUAGUCAACAAAAGACAGCUAAUGCUCAGAAAGAUCAAUGUUUCAAGGAAGAACUUGUCCCUGUUUUGAACUUGAAAGUGCCUCUUCAAGCAGAUGAAUUUCCUAGAAAUGAUACAUCUUUAGAAGGGUUAAGAAAAUUGAAACCAUGUUUUCUGAAAGAUGGGACUGGCACUGUAACUGCUGGUAAUGCAUCAGGGUUGAAUGAUGGUGCAGCAGCACUAGUUUUAACAACCGAAAAAGAAGCUAAAGCCAGGGAACUGAAGCCACUAGCUAGGAUUAUGGCUUGGGCUCAGACAGGAGUUGACCCAGCCGUUAUGGGAAUUGGACCUGUGUCUGCUGUAAAAAAAGUGCUUAGUAAAGUUGGCUGGUCAGUAGAAGAUGUUGAUUUGUGGGAGUUGAAUGAAGCAUUUGCAGCACAAAGUUUGGCAGUUUUGAGAGAACUUGGUCUUGAUAAGGACAAAGUUAAUGUAAAUGGUGGGGCUAUUGCCCUUGGGCAUCCAAUUGGUGCAUCCGGUGCAAGAAUUCUGGUGACUUUACUGCAUGCACUGAAGCGGCUUGAGAAGAAACGUGGUGUUGCUGCUCUCUGUGUUGGGGGCGGCAUGGGAAUUGCUCUUUGCGUAGAGCGAUCUUAAGUCACUGUGCAUGAUAUUUUACAUUUAUUGUUGAGUGGAUUAAAUAUUUUAAAGGUUGUUAUAGGUAUUGUUGAUUAGAUAGAUUUAUUUAAUAUGGCAUGAUUUAAGGAUACUAAAUUUUAAUAUUUUCUCUUUUGAAAUUUUAAUAUUUUUAUUUUGAUCCUGUUUAGUUUAUUAGCUCAAAUUAGUGCCUUUAUUAGGAAAUGGUUACUAGGUUAUUUACGAGUUUCAUUCCUUUGGUUAGUAAGAUAAUUUUAAAGAAUAAUAUAAACAGAAAAAUGUAUAUUUUUGUAGGAUAUGAUGCCUUACAUGCAUUUUUGUGAAUGCAUUUGUGAUAUGUAUAUCUGCAGAGUCAUCUGCUUUUACAUUAAUAUAGUGCUUAAAAGGCUGUUCAUAGUCCACUAUAUAUAGGUUUUAAGUAUUAGGUGUUGUUUAUUUGAUAUUCUUUAUUUUAGAAAGAUGGUAUUGUUUGAUUAAUGACAAAUUUGAUUCACAAAUUCAUUAUAAGAGAGGACUGAAGCUUUAAUGGAUGUUUUGCAAGGGAUAUGAUUAAGACCCAGUCAGUUUUGAUAAUAAUUUAACAGAUAUGGUGCAUAGUAAAAGAUGUUUUAUCUCAUAGAAAUUGCUUUGUAGCUGAAACUGUUAGCAAGUUAGUGAAAAAAAUAUGAUAGAAGAUUAAUAUAUAACACAUCCCUAUGUAGAUUCUCUUUUAGUAGAAUAAUGUACAUUUAUAAGAACAAAAAUCAAUAAUCAUUUUGCUUUGAUGCAUAAUGCAGUGGAUAUGAGAAGCACAAAAUGUUUAUAUAUGUCUUAUAUGUACCAUUUGUGAAUUGUAGAUGUAAAUCUUUAUAUCCAUUUUGUUCAGAUCUGAAUAUGUUAUUUCAAGUAGGUGAUCAAUUUUAAUUCUUAGUUCUACCAGUUUUCCAUUUAUUUUAUCAUGAUUGUUAUCAAUUUGCUACUAUUGCAGUAAAGGCAUUAUUGCUUUGUCAGGUAAAUGAUGUUUAGUUGUACAAAUUAUUUCUCAUUAUGCCAUGAUAACAGUUUUGGUAAUAAUGAUUCUUAUUUUGUUAUGUGGACUGGAGAUCUGUCUUCCACUUCAUAAGCAAGCGUUUGGUGAUCUGAUUUUGUGUGUUAUUGAUUCAAUAGUAUGAUUUUCAAUGUUUUACAGGAUAUUUACUAUUUAGAUAUUUAGAAGUCUCAUUUUACAGUAUGUGGUGUCUCCAUGGACAUAUUUCCCCACUUGUUCUGAAUGAAAUAUGUGUGUGUGUGUGUGUGUGUGUGUGUGUGUGUGUGUGUGUGUGUGUGUGUGUGUGUGUGUGUGUGUGUGUGUGUGUGUGUGUGCGCGUGUGUGUGUGUGUGCGUGUGUGCGUGCGUGCAUGUGUGUUGGAUAGAAACAAACAUUUCAUGUAAAAUUUGAAGUUCUCUCAAGUACUAAAAACUAUCUGUGCAUACAUGAGUCACAUAUAACAGUCCAGAAAAAUCUAAUUUUUCUAGUGUAUUUGAUUGUAGUUGUAGCAUUGAAAGGUACGUAAAAUGACAUGCAUAGUAGGACACAAUAUGGAACAGUAUAAGAAUGUAAUAUAGUAAGAUUACAAGAGAACUUCAUGAAAUACUCAAAGACAAUUAAGUAACCAAACACUAGUCUCUGCAGAAGUUAGUUGAAGGUCAAACCUAAGUAAUAACUGGUUUGUUGUAAUGCAUAGAACUCUGUGAGCAAGACCAAAUUAGGACUGCAAUUUGAAUGCCAAACAUAUAAGCUGUAAUAUGUGUUUAUAAAAAGAAAUGUAGAUAAGCAUAAAUAGGGCUGUGCAUGCAGUAUUGAUCAUGUAUCCUGAAUGAUCAGGAUUUUUACCAUAUUUUAUAUUGUACUUUACUGAAGAGUUAUUCAAGUAAAGUUCUUCAGAAGCUCAAGGAUUUAGGUUAUGAUACAUUAUUGUUAAGUUUCCUAGUUUUCAUGGUUUUGAUAAGUAGACUUUGAAUUAUUUUUGAGACUUGUUAUAAGGGGAAAAGGUGACAAAUUUGGAAUACAGUCUGCAAUAAGUCAUGAAUGAUGUGUACCAUUUUUAAUAUACUUUACUGAAGAAUAAUCCAUAUUAAGUUCUUCAGAAGCUCAAGGAUUUAGGUUAUGAUACACCUAUCAUAAGUAUGGUUAAGUUUCCUAUGGUUUUAAUAAGUAGACUGAUUUAUUAUUUUUUAAGACCUGUCACAAACAAAAUGAAAAAUUUGGGAUUCAGUUUGCAAUGUCACAAAUAAAUGAUUUUAUUUUUGUUGUUUUUUCUCAGGCUUUUAUGGUAGUUAUCUAUAUGGUCAUUAUUUUUAGUUCCAGGAAUUAAAGCAAUUAUUGUUUCAACAGGGACUUGCAAAUACCAAUGCCAAGUGUAGAGGAAGAGUCUCCUUAAGAAAGUGUAAAGGAAGAGUCUCCUUUAGGAUAUAUAGCUUGCCUUUGAAUAUAAAACUACUGUUUCCAGUGCUAUCUUGUCAAAAGAUUCAGGUUAUUUUAUUCUGAAGAUGUUAUUGGUUGUGGCAAUAAUUGUAAUUGUAUUUAGUGAAGUAAAGACUUUAUACAUUA